CAACGACGGAGCGAAAUCUGAAUCGGCAGUCGAACUUACUCGAGAUCCGGCUCAGUCCGGGUCCGUACGGUUACGAGCAGAGGCGCCGAGUUGCAUAUAUGGUCUAGGGUCAAAAGGCGGAACAGUCCCAGAACGACGAAAUCAGGAUGACCACCGCCGCUGUCGACGAGGCGGCACAGGCCGAAAACGACUUACCGCUGGAAGUCCUGGCCCGCAUCGAUGCAUCCCUGGGCCAGUUGAACUCCAUCAUCACCGUCUGCAGUGAAUUGCUCACGGAUCUUCAAAAUCCUAAACCUCCGCAAAUGGGUCAAACGGCGUUGCAAAGCCUGCGGUUCCCUGGAUACUUGAAACGCGCUCUGUCAGUACAUGACAUGCUCGAGCUCUUGAAGGAGGACUGUGGAUAUGUCGACGAUGCGGCCAAAGGCGUCAAUGAGGCGAUCGCCAACACAAUCCUGGACACUGCGGAUCUCGAUGCAAUGAAGAGAGAAUGCGAGGCAUUGGAAGUGGUAAGCUCAGUUCUAGGAUACCGGCACAGCGACUCAGCGAUGGCUGAUGACAGGGUCGCUUCUGAUGUGCAGAGAUCGAAACAUGCGUCAAAGAUACUGCGACAGUGUUUGAAAAGAUGCUAUCGAGCUCAAGAUGUGUUAGCAGAGGUCAUGCAAAUGGACACGGACGAAGACGUAACGGCUUCGUAUCCACCAAAGCCUUAUUCGGCGCCAGCGGUGUUGGGAGCCGCCAAUGGUGGGCGAAAAGGGAAAAGCGCAGUGGGCAGCGAUGCAAUGGACGUAUCGUGAACGCCCUUCUUCAAACAACGGUCGUUAACAGCAUAUACAAUGGCGUCUAUAGACACCGCCACAGAUCUGUGCAUGAAAUCUACUUGUUAUAUUGCAUUAAUACACAUUAUACAGACAGGCCUAUUGA